UAAUUUUUAUAAUUUAAUUUAUUAAAUGUAUUAUUUUUAGUAAUUAUUCAUUAUUUCUUAUUAUUGUUGUUUUAUUUUGUAUUAUCAUCAUCAUCAUCAUCAUUAUUAUUAUUAUUAUUAUUAUUAUUAUUAUUAUUAUUGUUGUUGUUGUUGUUUUAUCUAUAUCUGCAUUUAUUGUUGUUGCUUUGGUUUGAUAAUUUAAUGUAUUGUAUGUAAGGUAUUAUUAUUUAUUGGUUAUUUAUUCUUAUUUUAUUAUUAUUUUAUUUUGUCUGUAUUUCUUCUUGUUCUUGUUCUUCUUCCUCUACUUCUUCUUCUUCUUCUUCUUCUUCUUCUUCUUCUUCUUAUUAUUAUUAUUAUUAUUAUUAUUAUUAUUAUUAUUAUUAUUAUGUGCAUUUAACAGAAUGCAGAUCUAACACUUUGAGAACAGUCGGUUAGGUUUGAAGCAGGUGCAUGAUGAUUUCUGCAUGAGAGUCCCACAUGCUUUACAUUUAUACAUUUGGGAGAUGCUUUUCUCUAAGAUGGAGGGUCUUACUCCAGAUUGGCUCUCUAUAAGCCCUGCAAUUUGAACUCACAGCCUUCCAAUCACCAGCACAGAACCUGUUUCAGUGAGCUCCCAGUCCCAAAGCUCACCGCUGAUCACAAGUUUCCAUUACCAAGCUCCAGUGCAAAACUCAAGAAGAAGUUUGACACCAAACACAUCUUGGCUGAUUGACUACACUGAGCUUAAGUGGAAAAUGUGAGUCAAAUUUCCUGAAUUGUUUCUUAGUGCACCGAAGCAUCUUUUCCUCCCUGGUUCAGUGUUUGAGAAAAGUCACUCAGUUGUCCUGCCCUCAGUGGAAGUGUUUGGGAAGGAAGGAGCGUGAAGAGCGCGCGCUCAGCCACUCCUCCUCAUCCCUAAAGCGCACUCAUCUGCCAGAGAAAAAAAAAGAGAAAAAAAAACCCCUCUAAAAAGUUCUCUAAACUAAACGCAGAAGCAGCUGCGGAGAAACAGACCGGCUAUAUGGAAUUCCCAAGCUGAAAGGAGCGUAUUUAUUUCUAUUUGUAGCUUUUUGAAUCAAUUUGCCUUUAUUGCAAAGGCAUUGGAGUGACAGUGGAUACAAGGAGAGCUGGGGGAUAUUUUGAGAAAUUUCUCCAUGAAUGAAAGCAUUUUGGAUUUGUUUGUUUGUUUGUUUGUUUGUUUCUUCACCUUUGCUUCAGUGUUGCUCUCCACGUUGCACGGUGUGCCUCGAAAAGAAACUUCUCAGGGGAAGAAUGAAUGAAAGUCAUGCUGAUGUGUAGUAGGAAAACGACUUUGAUAACACAGAGCAUAUAAGUCUUGAUGAUUAUCGUGGUGCUCCGCGGUGGUUUUCUAAAAGUUUUGCUGCAGCUGUGAAGCUGAAGAUGGGCCGCUGUGUUGUGCGCGUGCUGACUCUGUUUACGCUGGCGGCGCUGGCGAGAAGCGCGCGAGGCUGUCCGCGGCCGUGCGCGUGCCCACAGCCCGGAGAGGUUCACUGCACGUUUCGGUCCCUGCUCACGGUGCCCGCUGGCGUGUCCCGACAAGUGGAGCGCAUGAACCUAGGAUUCAACACAAUAAACCGAGUAACAGACAGCUCUUUUGCUGGUAUGCGAAAGCUAGAACUCCUCAUGAUGCAUGGGAAUAAUAUUCAUAACAUUCCUGAUGGAGCAUUUCAUGAUCUAGUAUCCCUUCAGAUGAUGAAGAUGAGCUACAACAAGCUGAAGAUCAUUAGCAGACACACAUUUCAAGGUCUAUGGAAUUUAGCCAGACUGCACCUGGACCAUAACCAUCUGGAGUUCAUACACCCAGAUGCAUUCCAAGGCCUCACCUCUCUCCGUCUGCUUCAGUUGGAAGGCAACCGUUUGCAGCAGCUCCAUCCAGCCACCUUUGCAACGUUCUCCGUACUUGGCUACUUCCCCAUGUCCACUCUGAAGCACCUGUACCUGUCUGAGAAUGGCCUUACAACACUGUCACAAAAUAUGUUAGCUACUAUGCCUCAACUGGAGAACUUGUUCUUGCAUGAGAACCCCUGGACCUGUGACUGUAGGAUGAAAUGGUUCAAAGAGUGGAAUGCAAACGCACCAGCAGAGGUCCUCAAAUGCAAGAAAGAUAGAGCUUUCCCUGGAGGACAACUGUGCCCUGUGUGUUUCUCUCCUAGACAACUAAAGAAAAAAGAUCUCCGGGACCUAGACACACCAAAAUGCACUAGUCCUGUCAUUAGUGCCCCUCACAGGAACGCUACCCUGGACACAGAGAGUGAACUCAUGACAUUAGACGACUUCAGUCAACCUCUCGGGAAUGUUUCACUCGGUUUGUCAGAUGAACAUGGAAACCAAGUAGAUCUGAAUUGUCUUGUCAAUGAACCGACCAAGUCGACCAGAACGGACUGGAACCAUGUUAACUCAUUUCAGAUUCACACAAAUGUCAGCCUGACGUUAGAUCUGGAAUGCCCAAUUGACAGGGGAACUUAUGAAAAGCUAUGGAGACUUGUUGCAUAUUAUAGUGAUGUACCUGCUCACCUGAAAAGGGAGAUUAUGUUAAGCAAAGACCCUUAUAUUAGCUACAGGUAUCGCCAGGAUGUAGAACUGGAUGCUGUUUACUUCACUGGUGUGAAAGCCAAUAUGGUAGCAGAACCUGCAUGGAUAAUGCAGUCAGCAAUGAAUUUACAGUUAAACAGACCUCAGUCCACAAGUAAAAGGGUCAGACUAAUUCUCGGCACCCAUCUAACACAGCUGGUAGAGUCAGAAGAAGAGAGGCAACAGAGGAGACAGUGGGUUUUGAUAGAGUCCAGAAACAGCACCAAAAUAUCUCAAGUUGUUGUUGUGGGCAAGCCAAUUCAGAUGCGCUGCAAUGUGCACAGCUCAGGGAACCCAUUAAUAAAGUGGAUGCUGCCCGAUGGGUCUAAAGUUGAGGCGCCAUAUCAAAGCAGUGAUAACAGGAUUACAGUGUCUCCAUCUGGUUUGUUGGCUAUAACAGCUGCGGAUCACUCUGACUCAGGUGUUUAUUACUGUAUAGCAAUAGUGCUGGGUGAUAUAAGUAUUCUUCCCUUUCGUCUGACAGUGGAGGAUUCUUCUACUCCAGCUCCUGGAAGUGAGGGUGUGGCUGAACCUAUAGCAGGAGUCGCAGGUGGGCCUGUUUCUCUUCCUUGUGUAGCCCUGGGUUCUCCUGAUCCAAAUAUAAAUUGGAUCCUGCCAGACAGCACUAUUAUAAACACAUGGUCAAAUUUAUCCAGGAUGUUUGUGGCCUCAAAUGGAAGUUUAACAAUUCGCAAUAGCCAGCUCUCAGACAGUGGUUAUUAUAAAUGUGUGGCAGAAACUCAACAUGGUGUGGACUCAAUAGCCACAAAAGUAACUCUGACGAGGCCCUCCAGAGGACAUCCAAUACGGAAAUAUUCCAGUAGACCUCAGCCUGCAGAAGGAGUGUCAACCAAAAUACGAGCUUCAAUAAACAAUGAUGUGGAGGCAUCUGGGGAAAAUGAAAACGAAGGGCCUGAAGCAAAAGCCUUUGAACAAGUGGAUAUCUCUUAUCAAAGAAGGACUCCAAAUGCUCCUGGUCGGGGUGGACACCCAUCCAGAAAAGUGUGGAGACGUCCUCAACUGCCGAGAAGACGAAUAAUCUCUACGGGAGCUGACAGGAGUAACCCGACAGAAACAAGGAGAAGAAUCAAUGUGUCAAAUGGCCAGAUAGAUCCAAAGCAUUGGGCUAACAUUCUGGCAAAAGUCCGCAGUGGUGGUGAUAAUGCAAAAACAACUACAACUGUAAGUUCUGUUCUGACUAGCACAAAAAGAUUACAUCAGCUUGACACUGCUAUCACAACAGAAUCAGGAUCUCUUAAGAGAAUGGAGGGAUCGAAACCAGAUAGUAGUACAACCGAAGCAACACCACAAGAAGCAUCAUACACGGUCACAGCAUCAGAGACAUCACUGCAAACUACUGAAGUCAGCCUAGAUAUAAAACCGCUGGAUGCUGACGGUCAGAUACACAUUACCUACCAAAUUGCAGCUCCAGAAGUCAACCAAGAUUCAGACUCGAUUGAUGUUGCAUAUACCACAAUUGGUCCACAGCCUACUACUUAUUUGGUGAUAGAUGCAGAUAUUGCCAAGUUGGAUGAAGUGAGCACUGUUCAGAGCACGACUCCAUAUGGAACUCUUUUUCAACAAAACCAAAGACACACUUUGGGUAGCAAAGAAACUGAAGCAACCCCUAUGGCUAGAGGUGAUGACGAUGACAAUGCUGGUGAUAAUGAACAUAGCGAUUUAAAAAGGCAUGGGAUUGAGGUUCAUCAAGGAAAGCCUGACCGCAGUUCAAUAUCAACCACAUCUAUGGUUUUUGAAGAACAAAACACAAAAAAUGAUUAUGUUUCUCAUUUAUUUACUGACAUUGCAAAAACUGCAUCACAAGUGAAACAUGAAAGUUCACAAAUUCCACUGCUUUCCACUAUGGCACCAAGCUCUCAAUCCACUUUAGAACAUGACAGAGGAACACAUACUACUGCAAAUAAUCUUAAGCCUCCCUCACAUGCUAGGGGCUCAUCCAAUUCGAGACGUAAGAAUAAUGGUAGACGUAGAAAGCCUAAUAGAAAUAGAACAAAACCAAAACCAUCCAAAUCUGCAUACUUCGUAAAUAUCCCCACAAAGCCAACUACUUUAGCCAUGGUUUCUGAGAUCACCAAGAUGACUACCACAUCUGAGUCAAAAAUAUCAACAUCUACAGAGGCUAUGAGCACUGGAGCCAAAAUGGAUAUCACUGUUCCAUUUAGUGACAACCAAGGAACGUCACUUAGUGAAACAACUCAAGAAAAGAGGGCAGAUCCUUUAUUUGACAUCAAGAAUAUGAGAUCUCCUGAUACUUCUGUUAAUGAGAACAUGUCAGAAGUGGAGCAUACACUAUUGUCAUAUGCCAAACCAGAUAAUAUAUCCAUAAACACUACAGUGUUGUCAGUGGCUGCAUCAACAUCAACUUCAACAACCAAACAUAAAGAACCGGCUUUUACUCUAUCUCCUCUAAUUCCGAACACUCCAUCUACUGACUAUGAGACAAUUAUAAGCCUCCAUCCCCUGAUGGGAAUGCAUUCUGAAGAGGCACAAAGUGAAAUCACUACAGGAUACCCCAGCUCAGGGAUAAAAUCUGACACAUCCCCUGAGAGUCCUCAAGCACAAUCAGAAGCAACACCAGGUGCAGAUUUAGACAAAGCAGAAAAUCAAUAUAAGUUCUCACUUAAACCUUUCUCCUCAUCUGCUGUGGAAACUCAGCAUGAAAUCAGUGCAAGCCAUGACUCAGAAAUCCCUAGCGGUUCAACAAAAGCAAACAUCUAUGAGGGGGCUCCUGAGAAUCCUCAGGUUACCACUGAGAGACCCAUAACAUCCAAAAAUGCUCAACAAUCUGAUGUCGCCACUAGAACAAAACUAAACAGUGCUUCAUCUAAUGAAAAACAAGAUACAGCCUCAGGUAGGAAGGUUGAAAUCACAGAAGAAAAUACUGUACCUCUGUUGGAAGGUCAGAGGUACAGUAACCCUGUCACCUCCCUGAAAACAACAGCAAUUACUGCUACUACCCCAAUACCACCACUGCCAAAAACAUUAUCAACAACAACAAUGCCUCCAACAACACCAAAGAGAUGGAGACCCUCUAUAAUCCACCCACAUACAUCUUUCCAGAACAUACCUUCCAUUUGGGGCAGGGCAGGUAUACCUGACAGUCCAAAUCAUAUUCCUGACAGACACAGAGAACGAAUUUUAAACCCAGAACAGAGUAUCAGAUCACCUAAUAGAAACAGGCCAAGUGUAUUUCAUUCAACAAAUCUGUCGCAACAUACUAAACUAGAUAUCACUGACACUGGAUUAAGCACCAAAAAGCCAAAACCACAAACCACACUUAAAGUUCCCACAACUGCCCCAGAAGUCCUAGUUCCUCUUCCAAGACAAACCUUUCCUGUGAAGCUAAAUGGUAGUUCUUCCUUUAUCCAUCAUCCAACAUCCACCUCCAGUAUUCAUCAUUCUCAGCAAAAGCCAGUUAUCCCAGCUAGAAAAGGAUGGCCUAAGAUUACCAGCAGCAAUAUUAGCACAGUGACAGUACAGGCUGAAUCUGAUGCCUAUCUGCCCUGUGUGGCUGCAGGAGAGCCUAGACCUUUCCUCACCUGGACUAAGAUCUCAACAGGAGCCAGCAUUACUCAGAACACUAAGAUUCAGCGAUUUGAAGUCCACCCUAAUGGCACCCUCACAAUUCGCAACGUCCUUCCUUUAGACCGGGGCCAGUACCUCUGCAGUGUCCAGAACCAGUAUGGACAAGACAAAUUAGUGGUCACUUUGAUAGUCUUAGCUGAACACCCCAGAGUGUUUCAGCCACGCUAUCAAGACAUCACCAAAAACCUGGGAGAUACUAUUGAUUUGGAGUGUCGCUCCCAAGGAAACCCUCAUCCUCGCACUACGUGGGUGCUGCCUAAUAGGGUAAUAGUACACAUGGAGGCUCCCUCCCUUAAUACACAUGAGCAUCGAGUUUCAGUUUUGGCCAAUGGCACACUCCGGAUUAAAUCUGUUACAUACACAGAUCGUGGGGUUUAUAAAUGCAUUGCUAGCAAUGCAGCUGGUGCGGAUGCUAUAUCUGUUCGUCUUACAGUUGCUGCAUUACCUCCGGUGAUCCAACAAUUGAAGAAUGAGAAUAUUACUUUCCCAGAAGGCAACACUGUCUACUUGAACUGCAGUGCCACAGGUGCUCCUCCCCCUACAAUAAGCUGGUCUAUGCCAAAUGGUGUGCAGCUUCGUUCUUCAGAAUUUGUUAGUGGCCUCAACCUCUUUGUUUUUGACAAUGGGACCCUGUACAUUCGUGGGUUGGGUUCAGCAAAUGCAGGGAAAUAUGAAUGCACAGCAACUAACACAGUUGGGAUUUCAUCCAGAGCUGUUAGUUUGAUGGUGAAAAAAUCUAUUGCAUCAGCCAGAGCCAGGAUUACUUCCUCAUCUUCACAGAAAACAGAUGUCAUUUAUGGGGGAAAGCUGCAACUGGACUGUGUUGCAUCGGGAGAUCCAGAGCCCAGGGUCAUCUGGAGGACUCCAUCCAAAAAGCUUGUGGAUGCUCAUUAUAGUUACGAUACACGGAUCAAGGUGUUUGCCAAUGGGUCACUGUCUAUCCACUCUGUAACAGAGAAAGAUGAAGGUGACUAUCUUUGUGCUGCACAUAACAAAAUGGGAGAUGAUUAUGCACCCCUUAAGGUCAGUAUCUUGACAAAGCCAGCCAAGAUUGAGCAGAAGACACAGCUCAAUCAGAAGGUUAUGUAUGGAAGUGACCUGAAAGUCGACUGUGUUGCAUCAGGUCUUCCAAACCCAAAGAUCCAAUGGGCUCUGCCUGAUGGCACUAUGGUCAACAGCAUUAUGAAAUCUGACAGCAACAGUGGUGGUCCAAGUAGUAGAUAUGUGGUUUUUGAUAAUGGCACCUUAUUCUUUAACGAUGUGGGGAUGCACGAAGAAGGUGAUUACACAUGUUAUGCUGAGAACCAGAUUGGCAAGGAUGAGAUGAAAGUACAUAUCAAGGUGUUGGCAGAUGUGCCAGUGAUCAGAAACAGGACCUUUGAGGUAAUCAGGGUCAUGUAUGGAGAUUCAGCCUCACUGAAGUGCACUGCCAAAGGAGAGCCUAACCCUAACAUACUGUGGUUCUCUCCAACAAAUAGAGUGAUUCCUUCUGCCUCAGACAAGUACUUGAUCCAUAAUGAUGGGACACUGGUCAUUCAGAAAGUGCAGCGCUUUGAUGGCGGGAACUACACAUGUCUAGCCAGGAACAGUGCAGGGCAAGAUCGUAAAGUGGCCAGGCUGGAAAUCCUGGUAUCACCUCCUGCUAUCAAUGGGCUAAGAGGCUCCACAAACUCUUUGAAAGUAUCUGCAAUGAAGAAUCAAAGGAAACUGAUCCACUGUGAGGCGUCUGGUACCCCUGUUCCUCAUGUGCUAUGGGUUUUCCCAGAGAAUAUUAUUCUCCCAGCACCGUACUAUGGAAGCCGGAUGACAGUCCAUCGAAAUGGCACUCUUGAUAUCCAUUCAUUACGGGUAACCGACACAGCUAAAUUAACCUGUAUUGCUCGUAACGAAGGCGGGGAAGCAAGGCUCCUAGUACAACUUGAUGUGAUGGACAUUAUAGAGAAACCAAGACUCAAGAGUCCUAAAACAGAAUCUCUCUCUCUAACAGUUGGCAGGACAAUGAUGCUAAAUUGUUCUGCUGAAGGUUCCCCAGCACCACAGUUGACCUGGAUUCUUCCUAGUGGUUCUCCUCUAAUGAGUGGCUCCCAGUUUAGCAAGUUCUUCCACAGAUCUGAUGGGACUUUGGUAAUUACUAACCCUGCUGUGUCAGAGGCAGGAACGUAUCGAUGCUUGGGGCGCAAUGCUGGUGGACUGGUUGAGAGGACUGUGGUACUGACACAAGGGCGGAAGCCAGAGAUUAAUAACAGGUACAACUCACCUGUUAGUGUCAUAAAUGGUGAAAGCCUACAGUUACACUGUCUAUCUACUAGUGACCCUGUCCGUCUUACAUGGACUUUGCCAAGUGGGGUUGUUCUAAACGGACCUCAAAGGGCAGGUCGCUACGCUGUUCUACCUAAUGGUACUCUUUUCAUCCAGAAGGCUUCUGUGUACGACAGAGGCUCUUACACCUGCCGUGCCGCAAACGAAUAUGGAAGCUCCUUGCUAACAGUCCAAGUGGCUAUAAUUGCAUACUCACCACGAAUCUCCAGUGGCCCACCUCCUACCACCUAUGCCAGAAGAGGAGUUGCUGUUCAACUGAACUGUGUAGCUACUGGUAUCCCUAAGGCAGAAGUGGCAUGGGAGACUCCAGACAGAACAAGGUUAAUUGUGAGCACUCAGCCACGCCUGUUUGGAAACAAGUAUAUACACCCUCAGGGCUUCCUUAUAAUCCAGAACCCCACUCCAAGAGACACAGGUUUCUACAGAUGCACAGCUAGAAAUGUGAUUGGGGUUGACUCAAAGGGUACAUACCUUCACGUAUACUGAGAAGCAAUAAAUUCAGAACAUGCCCAGUGAUCUGAGGCGUGCGUUCAAAUAAUCCAUAGCUUUAUUUCUAACUAUUUUUCAAGGUGAACAUGACAUUCUAGUGCAUGUUCUACUGCGUAUGUGGAAUCUUUAUCAUCACUUUGCCAGUCAGUUCUUCUAUCAUGUCAGUUACUGCAAACAUCUAGGGAGUUGUGCUACUUAUCCCAUUCAUAUCCAAUACCUAGUAACUACUAAUCUGAUACUUCAGUGUACGUUCUUUUCAUGUAAAUACUACAGCCUGUUUUUUUUUGUUGUUGUUGUUUUUUUGUUUUUUUGGGGAGGGGGGGUUGUUUUUUGUUUUUUACUGAUGCAGCCAGGGACAAUUUAUAUCAAACUGUAUAUAUGAGGCCUAUGUUUUUUUAUUUAAUCUUGAAAAAUAAUCUGAGGAUAUUACUGAUAUCUUCAAUAUGGAAAUCAUAUGAAUCAUUCAGGGAUAUUAAACCAGACAGCUACAUUAACUAAUGUUUUUAAUUCUAAAUGGGUGAAUGAAAACUGUAUAAAGGAAAAAAAAAAAAAAAGAUUGCUUUUAAACACAUUAACCUUUCCUGUUCCUAUACACUCAAACCUAUAAAGGUAUACUUUCUCUAAGAAUCCUUUUUUUUUUUUUUUUUUUUUUUUUUUACAUAUUUGCUGCAGGACACAUUGUUGACAUUGGACUGAUUGGGAGAAAUGUUUAAACCCUAACCCUGGAGAGCACUAUGCCCUGAGUUCACUAAAACAGCUAACUUUUCAUGUAGACUUUUCAUGGUUGCAGUUAAUGGCUUAGAUAUGUACCAAAACAGAACAGAAAAAAAAAAAAAUUGAGGACUUGGUUCAGAAAUGUUCUCACUUAUACCAUUAUAUAUAAGAAUGUUCUAUAGAGUUUCCUAUUCAGUUUAUAAACGGAAACCCUUUCAGAAUUGAACAUUGUUUAAACUUGUAUGCUGCAUCCCAGUUGUGUAGGAUUAUGUACUGACUGCAUCGUUGUAGAACUGGCCAGAAAAAGGCAAAUGUUUGGGGUUUUUUUCCAUGACGUUGCUUUAACUUAUUUGUCUUUUAAAGACUUGUACUGAGAUUUAAUUUUAUUUUGGAUAUCUGUAAUAAAGACAAUUUAAAACAA